GCUUUCUUUAGGGACCGCAGAAAACGGUCACACAACGACUCUAUUAUACUCUACGAGACAGCUCACCCGGUGAUUCAUAAGAUCUAUUGAUUCUUCGUAGUCCCGUUCUCCCACAUACGUCCUCCACAAAUAUGCGAAUAUAAUUUCUACAAUAGAAUAUCAUUUUUUGUUGUUGUUCUUGUUGACACACCUCUCUCGGCAUAAACAACAUGAAAUUAUCGAGCCGGUAAUCUAAAGUUCAACUCGAGUGCUGACUUCAAGUAGUAGGUGCUUCUUUAAUUGUAAUGUGCAAAUGCCACGUAAGUAUUAUACGUGAAAAGACUAUACAUACUGAGAUAUAGUACACUGCAUACGCUAGACAGUAGGAGGUUGACACUAAUCGGAAUUCCAUCUUUAUUCUCGCAAGACUUUGCAUAAAUAUGGAAGUAGAAGUGCAUAAUCCCGUUUCGACUGAAGAGAGUAUCCCUCCAGAACAGCCCGACACAGCGCCACCAACGGACGUGACAGGAGGAGUUGAACAAGACACCCCAGAACAGCCCGACACAGCGCCACCAACGGACGUGACAGGAGGAGUUGAACAAGACACCCCAGAACAGCCCGAUACAGCGCCACCAACUGACGAAACCGAAGGCGUUGAACAAGACAUGGAUAGUCCGCCCGCUGAUGACGCAAUAGCUGGUGAAAGCGACUUUCCUCCACCUCCAGAAGACGUAACCUCCCCACCAGAACCCGACCCCAGCGACGAGGUUGACCACGAAGUCAAUGACGUCACCGACCUUAUAGACAGUGCUGUUGAACCGGAAGUAGAUGACACCGUCGAACCUACUACGACUGAAAACGAGGUCAAUCCGCUAGACGAGGAGAUUCAACCAACUUCUGAAGUCACAGAACAAUCUGAGCUCGAUUCUCCAGAGUUAGCCAACGGAGAAAGCACGCCUCCACCGAUGUAUGACGAAGCAGCUGAGACUGAGAAGUCUUCACCAGUUUAUCAGAACGGCAUGGUCGCUGAUGACCCGGAUGGCAUCACAAGUCUGGACGAUGAAGUAGUUCCCAAUGGUAACGGCAUGAAUGGCGAUCAGGAUCCAAUCAUUAUGAUGUACUCCGAUGACAAGACGUCGUCGACGAAGGCCAGAUUGAUCUGUUUCGUCAUGUGUUUCGUCGUGGUGGCCGUUACGGUUAUUGCUCUUGUCUUCUACGUUGUUGUUUAUUUGGGCAUUGGGGAAAGUUCAGACGGUUCAGGAGACACGAUGACUACAACACCUAGUAUUCCAUGAUCCCGAGCAGAGCAAAACCAGUAUUGGUCCUCGUCAUCACCAUGGGAACAAGGAAUUUUCAGGUUGUAAUAUUGCCAAAAUGGAGUCAUGAACAUUCACCAUUAUACUCAGUGGACAUAUUCUGAUAAAAUCCCGUCAAACGUACGUGUGGUGCCUGAAAAUACUUUAGAGUGAGGACAGAAUUUGAAGUGAAGCGAAGAUAUCCUGAGAACAGUUUUAACUUUAUUUAUUGAAACUUUUUUUGGUCAUAACAAGUUUCCAUUUCUAAUUUUUUUCACCGCCGUUGGUACAAAUGCGUGCAUCAAUGAUGCGAUCAUAAGUAAAGAUUUGUUAUGACAAUUAUUUCACGAACAUUACAAAUAGAUUAAUAAAAAAAAA